GGCACGCGCAGGGUUUUUUCACACUUUUGUAAACAACAUGGCGAUUCACGGACCUGCUCUGCUAGCAGACUGAUCAAACACUGUGUUCUCAGACCUCCGGCUCUCUAGCUUUGUGAGGGGUUUCUGUUAGACGGUGCGGAAGUUGCACACCGAGCACACGGUCCAGUACGCGGAGAAACGACAAAGAGGUGGACCGACGAGCUGUCAAGAAGAUCGUUUGACAGUCCAACGGCCAUCUUCAGUCUAUGGGCUCACAGUCCAGUUCUGGGAUGUCUGGUGGAAGGGGCUCUUCCAGUGGCAACCCAGGAGAGCAGUCUGAAGCGACAGAAUCAAACCAGGGCGGCAGCAGCAGCCGAGGCCGCAGGACGGACAGGCAGUCUUCAUCAGAGGAGGACGUUGACUUAGCAGAAGUGCUGGCUUACUUACUGAGAAGGGGUCAGGUAAGACUGGUCCAUGGCAGUGGAGCCACGGGGCUGCAGCUGGUCCAGUCAUAUUCUGACUCUGAUGAAGACAGCGAUGGAGCCUGGGAUGGACGGCUGGGUGACCGCUAUAAUCCACCAGUGGACACCCAACCUGACACACACGAAGUGGACCGGAGUGAGAUCCGCACUCAGAUCCUGCUGGCCACCGCCUCCUCUUCCUUGAAAGGCUAUCGCAGUUUCACCCACAUGCUAGCAGAGAGAGAAAAAGGCAGAUGUAGAGGCUCCAGUUUUUCCCACGGAGAGUGCAGUCGUAUCCGUACGUAUUUCCUGCCAAACUAUGUGUCCCACAAGGAUACAUACCAGCAGAAAGCCUUCUGUGGAGUGUACAGCGAGGAUGGCAACAUGUUCCUCUCCGCUUGCCAAGACCAGAACAUCCGCUUGUACGACACCAGUAGGGGGCGUUUUCACCUGUGGCGAACGGUGAAGGCCCGUGACGUGGGCUGGAGCGUGCUGGAUGUCUGCUUCACCCCCGAUGCACACCACGUGCUCUACUCCAGUUGGUCUGACUACAUUCAUAUGUGCAGUAUAGAUGGAGACAGUGAAAACCACACCGCCCUGGACCUCAAUCCAGAUGAGAGGAGGUUCUGUGUGUUCUCGCUGGCUGCGUCCACAGAUGGCAAAGAGAUCCUGGGAGGAGCAAACGACGGCUGCCUUUACGUUUUUGAUCUUGAGCAGAAUAAACGAAUGUUGAAGAUUGAUGCCCACGAGGACGACGUGAACGCGGUGGCGUUCGCUGACAGCUCGUCCCAGCUGCUGUUCUCUGGCAGCGAUGACGCACUGUGCAAGGUGUGGGACAGACGGACGCUGCGGGAGGACAGACCGCAGCCUGUUGGACAGCUGGCCGGCCACCGAGACGGCAUCACCUUCAUCCACAGCAAGGGUGACGCUCGCUACCUGAUCAGCAACUCGAAGGACCAGUCCAUCAAGCUGUGGGAUGUCAGGAAGUUCUCGCCCAAAGAGGGGCUGGCAGCUUCCCGUCUGGCUGUCACCCAGCAAAACUGGGACUACCGCUGGCAGCAGGUUCCCCAGAGAGCCCUGAAGAGACACAAGCUGACAGGCGACACCUCAGUAAUGACCUACCGAGGUCAUGGCGUCCUCCACACCCUGAUACGCUGCCGUUUCUCACCAGAGUUCAGCACUGGGCAGAGAUUCAUCUACUCCGGCUGUUCCACGGGCAAAAUCGUCAUCUACGAUGUGCUGACCGGCACGGUGGUAACCAGACUGGUGGGCCACGACGCGUGCGUGAGAGAUGUCAGUUGGCACCCGUACGAGGACAACAUCAUCAGCAGCUCUUGGGACGGAGCGGUUCGAAUGUGGGAGCACAGACAAACCCAUCCCCUAGACGAGGAGCGAGACACGGCAAGGGGAGGAGGAGGAGAGGAAGGGAGCUGUUGGAGGAAGUGAUGUUAGCACAGAGGAAGGCAGUGAGCUCAGAAGGCCUGGGAGAGACUUGAGUAUCUGCUAACGUUAGUGCGGGAUAUUAGUGAUUCAAAUGAAAGCGUGGCUGAGAAAAGUUCACUGGGAAGGCGCCUGAGCCUCGUGCUGUCCAGUGCCGAUCAGAACACGGCGGGAUGGCUGUUGCCACCUGCAGCUGUUUUUCUGUUUUUUUUUCCCCCCUGUUUUUUUGUUUAUUGCCUCAUGUCUUGCACAGAAUAAGGAGGCCAGAGCUUUUUCAAUCCAGCCUGGGACAUUUUACUCAAAAUGCGCUGAAGCUGCACUUAACGAGCUGUUGGAAUGAAACAAUAAGUUAGUGAUAUAUAUAUAUAUAUAAUAUAUAUAU